AUGGAACAUCGGGCCAGAGGUGUCAACACCCAAGCCCCACUCAGAACAGAACCAAGGCCACCGGAACCCACUGCCGAGGACAACGUGUGUGUGUCCGUCACGAAGAGAGACUGGCUUCUGCAGGAAAAGCAGUGGCUGCAGAUGAAAAUCGAAGCCCUCCAAGCAAAGAUGUCUGUGCUGGAAGCAAAAGUUCAACAGCUGAGAAGGGAGAUAGACAGGCAGGGCGAGAGACCGGAGUGGCAGGGCUGUGACCUGGUCCCACUGAUGGGCCAGCUGCAGGAGGUCAGCAUGGCCGAGCAGGACACCCUGGCCACAGCCUGUCUGAUUCCCUCCUGUAUGGAGCCACCUGAAAGU